AUGAAGGUGUCUGUUUUGUGCUGCUGUGUUUUGCUUCUUGCCUCCCUUCACUCAUGCCAAUCCUACAAUCCGUUUGCCCAGUUUGGUGUCUACUGCAAUCGGGAAGCUUAUGGAAAACAGGUCACCAAGAAAGGCUGUGAUUCGAAGUACACCCAAGUAAAGGCCUGCCUUGGUACAUGCGCGUCAUACGCAAUUCCGCUGUCCCACCCGCCUUAUUUCAAACGAAAGUGUGAAUGUUGCAAGCCGUCCCUCACCAGUGUGAAAAUUGUAAGCCUGGAAAACUGCGACCCAGGGGUCUCCCCCUUAGUACAAGUGGAAUCAGCAGAAAAUUGCCAGUGCCACAGCUGUUCGUAA